AUGUCUCGUGAAGCCUACCAGGUCCCGACGGGUCCCAGCAACUUCGAGUCUGGGUAUUCCAACAACGCUACUUCAACUACUGAUUCCUCCACCGUCACCUACCUGUGUGGCGAGUGUGCUGCGCGAGUGCCCCUGAAGCGUGGUGAUCAGAUCCGUUGCAGAGACUGCGGACACCGUGUGCUUUACAAGGAGCGAACCAAGCGCAUGGUUCAGUUCGAGGCACGUUAA